GUACCGUGACCUCUCUGCGGUCAAGUUCUAAAGGUACUGUGAUGUCUUUGCGCGGUCAACAUAAAAUCACUGUAAAUAUUUCACAGUGUGUGAUAACUAUUACUGAACUUGACUUUUAUAAAAAAUUUUGUGAAAAAAUUUAUGUAGGAUUUAGUAUGGCUAAAGCAAAAAGAAAAAAUUUAUUAUUAUUGUUAUUACUGAUAAGAGUAAUGAACAGUGGAAUGAAAAGUGAAUACACUGAUGGAAAUAGUAAUGGAGCAAAUGUACAACUACUCACUGAAAUUGUCAAAUUUGCUAUUAAAGAGUUUUUAUUACCUUACCCUAGCUGCUUGUUCGUUUUGAGUAAAUGCAAUAUUAUUUUCGAUAACACGAGACACAACAUUGCUUUAUUUUUCAAGUUACUAUACAAAAUACAUUGGAGUGAGCAAAUGGCUGAAGAAGGAAGCGCACUUCCAUUAAGCGAACAGUUAAGACUUGCUAAGGAUAUGGGAUAUUCAGACGAAGAAAUUAUGCAAGCGAUUAGUAUGAAUUGUUCUAAAGAUGGAGUAUGGAUUUCAUAUCGAGCAUUUUCAUCUACCAAUGUAAUGAUUGAUAUGCUAGCACGAGUGCAGAAAAUGUGUGAAACAGCAGAAUGCGCGGAUUCUCGAUCGGGAAUUGGUAAAUUUGCCAAAAAUCAGCAUGAAAUUCAGUCUGCCAAUGGUAUCGAUAUUGAUUUGGAUCAAAGCGCAUGCAUUCGUGAUUCACCGCAACUCGUGCCUUCGUCUUCUGCUAUUCGUCGUGCAGUAUCAUUCCACAGUCCAUCAUCAGCAAUUUGUAAAUCUCCAGAUACGAUGUCGACAUCACUUCACGAGUAUCGUUCUACUCUACCGCAGUUUCAAUUGCAACGAUUACUUGAUGCUUUUGAGAAGGAGCAAAAAAGUUUUAAUGACGAAUCAACAAGAUCAAUUCGUGCCCUUGAGGUCAACAGUACUUUGGGGAUUAUCACAAAUUUAUCAGAUAUAUUUUUGUAAUC